AUGUUUGAAGGGUUAGUACAGAAAUUGAUACUUGGGUAUCUGGGACGAUACAUCAAGGACUUUCAGAGGGAGCAGCUCAAGAUCACCAUUUGGAGCGAAGAAGUUUAUUUGGAAAAUGUUGAGCUCAUUCUUGAGGCUUUUGAUUAUCUGCAGUUGCCUUUUGCUCUACAAAAUGGAAGAGUUGGAAAGUUAAGUAUUAAAAUCCCAUGGAAAAAGCUAGGAUGGGACCCAAUCAUAAUAGUUUUGGAGGAUGUGUUCAUUUCAGCUCGUCAGCGUGAGGACAAGGAGUGGACUGAGGAUGCAAUUAACAGGAGAGAAUAUGCCGCAAAAAAAGCUAAGCUUGCUGCAGCGGAGCUUGCAAAAUUGUCAAGACGUGUAUGCGAUAGUAACACUGGACAAUCAUUUAUCUCGUACAUUACAGCCAAGAUUCUUGACGGCAUACAAGUGUCUAUCAGGAACGUCCACAUCCUUUAUCAUGACACGCUUACUUCUUCGGCAAUGACUGUAUUUGGUCUGAGGUUUUCUAGUCUUACUAUCAGCCGACAAAAUCUUGUUGGAAUUGCUGGUGGAAAAGUGAGAGGGGGCCAAGUCAAUAAACUUAUUGAAGUACAAGGAUUAGAGUUGUACUGUAGAACCUUGGAAGAAACUGAUGAUUUGGCAAGUAUUGAGAACAGUGCAAGACUAGAGGGUGAUGAAAAUGUUCACCUGUUACGCCCGCUGGAUGUUUUGGUAUCUCUUUCGGUGAAUAGAUCAGGAAAGCUGGCAAAUGAUGCUCCUCAAUAUUAUGUCAAUGUCGAGUUUGAUAAUCUGGUUGCCUCUCUGGAUGAAGUUCAGAUGCAAAAGAUUCUGAUCCUUUGUGACUAUCUGCCUACAUGCCGAUUAAGGGAGAUGUAUGGUCGUUAUCGUCCAUGGUGGAGUCCUUUGCCCAAAAAGCUCAAAGGUUGGCAAAUAGCUUGGUGGCACUAUGCUCAAAAAUCAGUGCUUGCUGAUGUGAGAAAGAGGUUGAAGAGAACUUCGUGGAAGUACUUUGGAGAGCGUAUAGAUGAACGACGGAAGUAUGUGAGGCUGUAUAAAACCAAGUUAAAAUGUCUUCAAAAGGAUCAGGUGAUUGAUGAAGAUAUUCUUCAAGCAUUGGAGAGAAUGGAGAGGCUUUCUGAUAUAGAUGACAUUUUAACUUACAGAUCUGUUGCUGAACGUGAAAUAAAGGACCUACUAAUGACUCCACCGUCUAACCGUGGAAACAGUGGUGCCAUAGUUGAUAUGUCUUUGGGUGAUGAGCAGCGCCCUUCUAGCAAGCCUCGAGGAUGGUUAAACUGGCUGUCACGAGGCAUGCUAGGUGCUGGAGGGACUGAUGAUUCUAGUCAAUUUUCUGGUGUUAUUUCAGAUGAAGUGAUCAAGGAUAUAUAUGAGGCCACAAAGUUUUGGCCCAUGUCUGUCUCAAAUGGAGAUGCUUCAGCCCCGGCUGAUGAAAUUCUAUUGUCAUCAAUAAAGAUCAGCAUACAACAACUUUCUUUUACUGUACUGAGCAUGAGAUUGGGUUGUGCAAUUACUCGUUUGAUGCUUGAUGCCAUUUCGUUUGAGUUUAAGAUUUGGGAAGGAUCUACACGAGUGAUCGCUUCAGUUGCCGCCGCACAGUUGGUUAAUCCAUCGAACAAUCAAGUUAUUCUGUGUACAAGAAAGUCUUCAGAAAAUGGAGAAAAUGGAGUAGGAAUUCAGCCUUCUUUGACCAUUGAACUUGAGGUUCUGCCGUCAAUUUCUGAAUUCAGCUCAUCUAUAAAGGUCUUUUUACAACCUACGGAGGUGACAUUUGAUUCCGAAUUUCUAAAGAAUGUUGUGGAGUAUUAUCGAAUCUUUGACAGAUUGAAGUUCCUGCAUGAAAGAGUUCUAUUAUCAGUGAAUGAUAUUGCUGAUUUACAAACGAGACUUCGAUGUAAGAUUGAUUAUAUUUUGUCAAAUCGGAAGAGGAUAAUGUGGGAUGUCAGCCUUGCCAGUUUUGUGCUUACAGUUCCAUGGAUGAUUGAUAACCUUGAAGAGCGUAAAAUGGUGAUUGAAUUUGGAAGAUUCAGAUUUCAUUCCAACAAAAUGGGUUCAUUUGCAAGUGAUGUGCAAGAUGGUUCAUACAAUCAUCUUAGUUACUACUUGCGAUCCAGAACCACUGCUGGCUUGGUUCUGGAUUUUCAACUGGAAGAUUUAUACACUCAAUAUGAGAUUAAUAUGAUUGAUUUUGAGGUCCGGUUAUCCAGCUUUCAUUCAACUGAAGCCAUCCCAAUUCUCGAGAAACUCAGCUGUUCUAUUCAAUUGGAGUCUUGCAAUGUUGUAGAUGAGUCAAUAUUAAAAGCAUUGGUUGUCCGUUUCAGCAUUCCAUCCCUUCUCCUGCAUUUUUCACCAUCUAUUCUUUGCAGCAUUAAUGGUCUUGUCAAAUAUUUAAAUAAGUUGCAUCUGGAAUCAGAUCAUCAAGACCUUAAGUCAGCCAAUGCACUUAAUGGCAAGUCAAAUAGGCCAGCAACUUCUGAGCAUCUUUGGUGGUCUCUAACUGCGACUAUUGAUUCUGUUCUUUUCAAUGUCAACCUUGAAAAUGACGUUGAGAAUGGUUAUGGUGUUAAGCUUUGUCUUCAGGCCGUCAAUGUUAGUUUUGACCAAGAAGACUUGCUGGAUUGCUGGAUUUCUACGGAGGUAUUACGUGUUGUUGCCUAUUCAAAGAAACAUGAAGAAACAGAAUAUGUGUUAUGCUCUUCUGAAAGUAAGCUUACUGAUGAAUCUUCAAGUCCAGGCGUGAAAGACUUCGGAGCUACCGCUAAAGUUAAGGACUCCACAACAUCUCAUUUUAGGGGAAGUAGGUGCUUGCUGUUGCAUUUUGAAUCUUGUAGUGGUUUGGAGCCAUGCUACAGCAAGGGUGUUAUAUGUUUGACUAAUAUUGACAUUCACUACUAUCCCUUCAUAGUUGUGCUUCUGGCUCGAUUCAUAAAUGGCAUAUUGGAAUCUGGAACUUCAAUUUCUGAUGAAGAUACCAGUGCAGUGAAUGAUAAGAAUUUGAUCGCUAGACCUUAUUUCAGUAUUCAGAAGUUUGGAUUUUCGAAUUUUGUUGAAGCGGGAUCAUCUGAAGGGGUAGGUAUUCCGUUGGAUUGUUUUCCUUUCAUUACAAUCCGCAACUCAGGUCCUAUAGUUGCUUUUGAGAAUGUGCUUGUUGAUUCCGUUACUCAUUGGAGGGAAACUCAUAAAUUUGGAUCCCAGAAGAUUGAAAGUCCUAAGUGUUUCUCUACUAAGGGAUCCAAAUGUUAUUAUGGCCAUUUUAAAAGAUCUGACAAUGGCGAUCCUUUAUGGAAGAGUUCUUAUAGUCGUGAAGUGUUUGACAUGGAAAUGGACCUCAACAAUGUUAAAGUACACUUCCACGAUUCAGCUUGUUUAAUUGGAAGUAUGUCUGUUGUCACUGCUAAAUCAUCAGGUUCGAUCAUUGAUGGUCGCUUUGACAUCCUAUGUUCUACUGAAGGGUUAGUUGUUUCUUCGUCUUGGUGGACUCGAACGAUUAGUGGCUUUCUUUGGGGUCCAUCAAUGCCUACUCUUUCUCCAAUUUUUAACAUUCGUGCGAGGAAAGAACCCGGUGGUUCUUUGGAAUUAAGUUUCAGUGCCCAACAUGUAUCCUGUACUCUACCUCCAGAAUUUCUGGCUGUGAUGAUUGGUUAUUUUUCUUCAACUGACUGGAGCAGCUGCUCAGCCAAGAGUUCUAUGGAUUUGGAAGUUAACAACUCUACCACUUAUAAGUUUGAGAUAGUGGAUUCUAGCUUGUUUGUUCCUGUGAUGGGAGAUGGAGAUCAGUUGUUGAAGCUUGAUAUUCGACAUUUCCUUGGCUGUUUUGUUGGAAAUUGUGACUUUGAUUUGGUUUUCAAGGGAAUCCCACCUGAAUGCCCGGUUACACCUGAUAAAAUUUCAACUAGAAAUGAUUCUUUGAACUUAUUUGGACGAGAUUUGUCGUUGUCAUUAGUUCUGAUGGAAGAUGGCGUGUCUGGUUCCUUGAAAUUGGGUCAACUUCCAGGCCACCAGAGUUUUUCCUUAGUUUCACCGCUCAGUGCCGAUAUAUGGGUGAGAUUUCCUUUGGCUGAGUCUUCUAGUUUACAAUCUUCAUUUCCAAUAUACAUCGUGGGGAUGGUCCUCAAUUGCCAGCUUGAUGUCAGGGAAAUAUGGUCAGUUGCUGGGUAUGAGGCUUUGUUGGAUAUUGUGAAUGAACUUUCUCUGGUGGAUGUAGAAUCUAAAUUGUUUAUAUCUGAUCUUUUAGAGUUUCUUCAGUCUAAGAAAAAAAUGAGGGAAAAAGCUGUUCUUGCGUAUGAAGAUUCUGCCACAACAGCUACUGAAAUAAGCCUUUUUGCUCAGUCGAUUUCUAUUAGAUUGCAUUCUGGAGAGGGAGAAUACACCAAUUCUGAGCUUGUUGCGGAAGUAGAAACACAGUUCUUAUGCUUGGUGUCAUUACCCUAUGCUAGACUGUUCAUUUUGGAUUUUUCGCUCUCUCAUCUAACCCUUUUUUCGUUACUCAAUUCUGUUGUGCUCGUUGAGUUCCCAUCUUUCAAACAUAGCUCAUCAUCUUCGAAGAUGAAUCUUUUUGCAUCUGAUCAAGAAGGAAACAGGCUUUCAGUAUCUCUUCCUCAUGUCAAUAUUUGGAUGCAUAUGUUUGACUGGAGAGAGAUCAUUGUCUUAUUUGAGAAAUACAAACCACAACCUCUGAAGAUGUCAACAGUAGGUGCAUUAACAGAAACCCUCGAUGCCGUUGAAAUUGUGGGUAUGACUCGAUCUUCAGUUACAUCAAGCUUUGUUCUUCCAGAACACCGUAGCAGUAGAGCAGAUUUUUCUGCUAAGCUGGAAGGAUUUGGUGCAACAGCCUACAUUCCCCUUUUAGUAAGUGGAGAUAUAUUUAGCAUUCUUGAAGAAUCACAGAUCCCAAUCCGCAGGCAUCAAAAUGCAUCCUCUGACAUUAUGUGCAGUAAUCAGCAUGGCUUCAUUGCUCUUACAUUGGAAAGUAAAUGCAGUGAGGUUCUUAGUGAUGGCGAGAAACUUACAGUAAAAAUCAAACUGGAAAAAGUUGGGGGAGUGGUGAAUCUCUGCAAGAACAAUAGUCAGAGAACGUGGUCAAUAUUUGAACUGGUUCUGGUCAAUGUGGAAGCUGCAGCCUUGAAUCGCCAGGUUAUGAGGGCCGCUCAAGUAGAAUUGGAUAUGGAUAUUCAUGUUGAGGAGCUUGAUGUUUGGCUUUCAGAUGACUUGUUUUACUUCUUCCGCACUAUGUUAUUUGAAGUCCCGGAAUCUGAACCUUCUCCACCAAUGUUCAGCAGUUUUAGUAUCAACGUGCAGCUGAGGAAACUUUCCGUACUGUUGAAUGAUGGAAAGUGGAGCUCGUGUGGACCACUUGUCGAGAUUUUGAUUACAAACAUGCUUGUACACAGUAAUAUAACCGAUUGCGAAAUGGAGGGAUCAGUAGGUGGUGAUCUUCUGGUAAAUUAUAAUAAUAUUGACAAGGUCUUGUGGGAGCCCUUUGUGGAGCCUUGGGAAUUUUUAUUAAGCAUAUCCAGAAAGUAUGACAAGAGUUCUGUCCUGAGUAGUACUAUCAUGACCCAUAUUCAUCUCAAAUCAGCAAAGCAACUGAACCUGAACAUUACCGAGUCAUUGAUCGAGGUUGUUUCCAGAGCAACAGAAAUGGUGAAGGACGUCUGGGCUUUUUCAGAAAUAUCUGCUCAUUCAAGUGGCGCAAACUUUUUUGAUUCUCAUAUUAACGAGCACCUUGAUACCAGCAGAUACGCUCCUUAUAUACUGCAAAAUUUAACUUCUGUGCCACUAAUUUUUCGUGUUUGUAAUGAGAAACCCGACGACAAUGAUGAUCAGAAUACAUUGGUUUGGAGUAGUGGCAAUUAUCUUCCAGCAGGCUCAUCCAUGCCAAUAUAUAUUGAUGAAUCCCCAAAGAAGCAGCUUUUCCGAGAUAGAUCUAUUCAGUUAUCCAACAAUUUCGAUGGCAAGCAAAUGGUUGGGGCUGCACAUAGAUUUAUUAGUAUCCAGUUAGAAGGAACAUCCUUACCUUCACCCCCUAUAUCCAUGGAUCUCGUUGGUGUUAGGUACUUUGAGGCAGACCUAUCAUUACCAAGUACAAAACCUGAUAUUGGUGACUUUAGAAGAAAUGAAGGAGAUGGGAUAGAUAGAAAGAAUGGCUUCGUCCUUCCUGUGGUGAUUGAUGUAUCAGUCCAACGCUACACUAAGUUGCUGCGAUUGUAUUCAACGGUUGUCUUUGCAAAUGCAACUUCUAUGCCUCUCGAAGUGCGCUUUGAUAUUCCAUUUGGCGUGGCUCCAAAGAUUUUAGACCCCAUAUAUCCGGGGAAGGAGUUUCCACUACCUUUACAUUUGGCUGAAGCAGGUCGUAUGAGAUGGCGACCUCUUGGUGAUACCUACCUCUGGAGUGAAGCAUAUAAUGUUUCAAACAUUAUUUCUCAGGAAAAUAGGAUUAAUCUUCCGCGUUCGUUUGUUUGCUAUCCAUCUCAUCCGAGCAGUGAUCCAUUCCGCUGCUGCAUAUCAGUGGAGGAUAGAUGUUUGCCCAUGACCGGUUGGAUCAAGAAAAGUUCUGAUGAUGAUGGUUUCAGACCACCAAUCAAAAGUUCAAAUGAACUAUCUCAUGACAUGGAGACAUCAAAACAACGAUUCAUGCACCUCGUGACUUUAAGUACCCCUUUAUUGUUGAGAAAUUAUCUUCCCGAGGCAGUUUCAGUGGCAAUUGAAAAUGGAGGUGUAACUCUUAAUGCCUUACUGUCCAAGGUGGAAUCGUCUUUCUUUCACAUUGAUUCUUCACAUGAUUUGACGUUGACAUUUAGCAUUCGGCACUUCAAACCAUCGAUUCUCAAAUUUCCCCGUGCGGAAACCUUCAGUGCAAUGGCUAAGUUCAGUGGAACUAGCUUCUCUCUAUCUGAAACUCUCACCUUUGAUUCUGAGUUGCCAGAUGGUCAUCUAUCUGUCAACAUGGAAAAAGUAAUGGAUGCAUUCUCAGGGGCCCGUGAAAUUUGUAUUUCCAUUCCGUUUUUGGUAUACAAUUGCAUCGGUUUUCCACUUAUUUUAACAAACUCCAUGGAUGAGAUCAAAGGGCAUAGUUGCAUUGCUACAUCAUGUUAUCAUUUGGAUGAGCAUGACCAAAUUGUUGGGAGUAAGGAUGGUCUGAGUCUUCUGUUCUCAGUUCGUGAUUUUCAGAAAGCUCCAAUUGAUGCUCAGACUGCAGGUUUAACAAGAAACAGAACUUCUUCAAAGUCUCACAAAGAUGAGCUCUACAGUAAAUUUUUGAUUCCAGGAGGGCCGUCAAAAUCAUUACACUUUAAUGAUGAAACACCUGAAUCACAUCUUGGAAGAUCAUCAACACUAAAUGAUGGGUCCCUUUCUCACAGACAAUCAAAAUUAUCUUCUGAUUUUGUCACCGUUGGCCAAAAGAUUGAAAAUGCAUGCAUGUAUUCACCUUGUCCAACUUCUCCAUCUGGUGAAAUUACGGUUAGGUUGAGUAGAUGUCCUUCUGGUACCGAUUAUAGAAGCAUCCCUAGUUCUUCGUGGUCAAAUCCGUUUUUACUGGUUCCACCAACUGGCUCGACUAGUGUUGUGGUUCCUCAGGGUGGAAGAAAUGCUGGGUAUCUUGUCUCUGUUACUGCUGUUGCAGCUCCAUUUUCUGGAAGGACAAAGAUUAUCACUUUUCAGCCAAGAUACGUUAUCAGUAAUGCCUGCAGCAGGGCCUUGUUUUACAAGCAGAAAGGAACUGAGGAAGUUUUUCUUCUAAAAGCUGGACAACAUUGUCAUAUCAAGUGCACGGACAUAACCAAGGAGUUGCUAGUUUGCAUACGGUUUGAUGAACCAGGAUGGCAGUGGUCAGGAUGCUUUUCACCGGAGCAUCUGGGUGAUACUCAACUGAAAAUGUGGAAUUACAUUACUAGUACCGUAAAUAUGAUGCGUGUGGAAGUGCAGAGUGCUGACGUUUCCAUUGAAGAUGAAACAGUUGUUGGAAAUUCUCAUGGAAAUUCAGGGACAAACUUGAUACUCUUAUCUGAUGAUGAUACAGGCUUCAUGCCAUACAGAAUUGACAACUUCUCGACGGAGAGACUACGGAUUUACCAACAAAGAUGUGAAACGUUUGAAACUAUGGUUCACCCAUACACCUCCCACCCUUAUGCAUGGGAUGAACCCUGCUUCCCUCAUAGGCUAACAGUUGAGGUGCUCGGUGACCGUGUGAUAGGGUUGUAUACUCUUGAUGAUGUCAAGGAUCCCUCACCGGUGUAUUUACCUGCAACUCCAGAGAAAUCUCAAAGAACUUUACUUGUUUCUGUACAUUCUGAAGGUGCAAUUAAGGUCCUCAGCAUCAUUGAUUCAAGUUACCAUGUUUUAAAUGAUUUUUCAAAUUUGGACACUCGGCUAAACUUUAUGGGAAAGAGUGCACAAAAACGUGAAACUGUUGUUCAUUUCAACGAACAAAUAUCAGUAGACCUUCCGUUUCUUGGAAUCUCUUUUAUGAACUCCUACAACGAGGAAAUGCUCUUUGCAUGCGCGAAGUGUUCAAGGUUUGAUCUGAUUCAGAGUGUUGAUCAGCAGAAGUUUAGCCUCCAUAUCUCGUUUUUGCAAAUUGAUAAUCAGUUGUCUAGCACUCCAUACCCUGUCAUUUUGUCAUUUGACAAUUGCAAUAAGCAUAUUCAGGAAAAGAUUGCUAGCGCUAUACAAAUUGAUUCCGAGGGCAUGCAUGAACCUGUGAUAUCGUUAUCUGUUGCAAAGUGGAGAACGAAAAAUAUGUCCUUGGUUUCAUAUGAAUAUAUUAAUUUGAGAGUUACAGAUUUUCAUCUUGAACUUGAGCAAGAGUUAAUAUUGAGCCUGUUCAAGUUCUUCAGAAUGACAUCAUCGAGACUCCACACAAGAGUGCUGAAGCAAGUUGAUUUUUCUGUACACUAUCCUUCGGUGUCUGACCCGGAAAAUGUCAAGGGGGCCCAGUUUUCUGGUCUUUACAAUGAACGUUCAAGCUCAGUCCUACCCCCAAUAGUUCCUAUUGGAGCUCCGUGGCAGCAAAUCUACCUUCUAGCGAGGAAGCAGAAUAAGACAUAUAUCGAACUGCUUGACAUAGCACCAAUUAAGAUGACCUUGAGGUUUCUCUUUGCGUGUUUCUUGUGUUUUCCCUUGUUUUUGGCUGUUCUUUUCCCGCAAAUGUUCACCUCCUUGAUGAUUUCCUCAUCCAGCUUUUCCAGCAGUCCGUGGAUGCUUCGGAAUGGUGUCCUUACGUUGGGAGAAUCCCUCAUUCAUAGAGGUUUUAUGGCUCUGGCUGAUGUUGAGGGGGCGCAAAUUCAUCUUAAGGAGUUGGUUCUUUCUCAUCAGCUGGCUAGUUGGGAAUCCAUCCAGGAGAUCCUUAUCAGGCACUACACCAAGCAGUCACUACAUGAAAUGUACAAGAUUUUUGGCUCUGCAGGGCUUAUUGGCAAUCCAAUGGGAUUUAUGAGGAGCAUGAGCCAUGGCAUAAAAGAUUUUUUGUCGGUACCUGUCCGGAGUAUUCUCCGAAGUCCUUCAGGACUUCUGACGGGCGUGGCACAAGGCACUACCAGUCUACUGAGUAAUACAAUCUUUGCCAUUAGUGACGCUGCGACUCAAUUUAGCCGAGCAGCACAUAAGGGCAUUGUUGCUUUUACCUUAGAUGACCAAACUGUGGGGCAAAUGGAAAAGCAGCAAAAGGGAUUAUCGUCUAAUAGCAAGGGCGUGAUAAAUGAAUUCUUGGAGGGACUCACUGGACUUCUCCAGUCACCAGUUCAAGGUGCAGAAAAGCACGGUCUUCCAGGAGUUCUCUCAGGCAUUGCUCUGGGAGUAACUGGACUUGUGGCAAAGCCAGCUGCGAGUAUCCUUGAGGUUACUGGAAAAACAGCCCAAAGCAUCCGCAAUCGAAGCAAGCUGCCGCAUUAUAUUGGUUCACAGCGUCUAAGGGUACGCCUUCCGAGGCCUUUAGCGGGUGGAAUUCCCCUGAAGCCAUAUUCUUGGGAAGAAGCCGUAGGAACAGCUGUGCUGAGGGAUUAUCCCGAAAACAAUAGUGGUGGAAAUUUAAGAGACGAGGUGUUAAUCAUGUCCAAAGCACUAAGAGCUGGUGGUAAAUUUGUUAUCCUCACGAGGGGAUUCAUCCUGGUGGUUAGUUGCCCUUGUUUGAUAUAUUUAGGUAAGCCCGAGUUUCAAGGGGUCCCGGCCAACCCCGAUUGGGCGAUAGAAGUAGAGAUUGGAAUGGAUAGUGUAAUCCACGCCAAUGUGGAGGCAAAUGUGGUCCACAUAAUAGGAAACAGCGCUGAUGCCUUCUUGAGACCAUCGUUGUCAUCAUCUCACUUUCGUCAAGAACACAAAGAAAGUGCUACUAGUCCAAAGGGAAAGCGGUGGAAAAAUUCAUCAAGCCAUCUCCCUAUAUUUGUGACUGAUUUAGAGUUUGCGUGUAAAGAAGAUGCAGAUGAAAUCUUGCAGGUGGUUUUGUGUACAAUCAAGAAAGGGAAAGAACAAGGAUGGAGCAGGACGCACAUUUUACAUAAGAGUAAUCUGAACGGUGCAGGAAGAGGUGUCUGA